AUGUCUCGCAUCAGAAUAAUAAUAUUUGGUUGUCAAGGUGUUGGGAAGUCGUCAAUUACUAUACAACUUGUUUGUAACUACUUUGAAGAAAAUUACGAUCCAACAAUCCAAGAUUCAUAUCGAACAAGCAUUUUUGUUGACAGAGAAAUGGUCUUACUUGACGUAUUGGACACAGCAGGAGAUGAAGAGUUUCCAAUGUUUUAUGAAGAAUAUAUUAGAUCCAGUAAUGGCUUUGUCAUUGUUUAUUCUAUCACUUCAAAUACAACCUUUUUAAAUGUUGAUAUGUUUAGAAAUUAUAUAUACAGAGUUCUUGAAAAAGACUUAAGUGAACACAUUCCGAUUGUAUUGUGUGGGAACAAGUGCGAUUUGGAGUUAGAAAGACAAGUGUUUACAAAUGAUGCCAAAAAAGUUGCUGAUGAAUGGAAAAUGUUGUUUUAUGAAACUUCAGCAAAAAACAAUACUAACAUUAUAGAAAUGUUCCAAGGGUUGGUGAUAAAUAUUAAAACAAAUAUCAAUUUUGAAGAUGUGAUAAUUAACAUUUCAAAAGAUGCAACCAAAUAA